CAGGAAGGAUUCAAGGAUCAUUCAUCAUUCAUCAUGUCCAUUUUGAUAUAUCCGACAAUGGCAAUAAAUGUCUCAAUUUUAACCAAAAUUCACAAUUCAAAAGAAUCAAAAUCAACUGAAUUGAAUAUAUUGACUAAUCAUAAAUUCCAAUCUAAAAGAUCUGAAGAUAAGCCCAAUCAAAUUAUGAAAAUGUACAUGCGCGUUCAUAUGGUGGUUCAUACACAUGACAAUUCGUUCUAAUAAUAAUAAUAAUAAUUCAUACUCUUUUCCAUCAUAUCAAUGGAUUGAUGGAUCAUAGUGCAAAAAAAGGUGGUCGAUCCUUGCUACAUUAUUGGCAUUAUCAUAACGACAUCAGUAACAAUAAUCAUGAUCCUGGAACAGGGCUAGGCUCUUCAUUCUCCAAAAGCAUCCAUAUAUAUUAUUAUUGAUGAAUAAGUGAAAGAAGAAACAAAUCAAUUAUAAAGAGAACAUACACAAACACAGACAUACACAAACACAGACAAUUCUUGUCUUGUUGUUCAUUGUCAGCAAUUCGAAUACAUCAUCAUCAUCAUCAUCAUUAUCGUCAUCAUCAUCAUGAAUGAUUGAACAAGAAGAAAAAAAAAAAUUUUUUUUUUUUUGCGGAACGCCACACAUAUUUAAAGUCAUGAUGAACAAAUCAUGUUUUGGCUGCCCUCUCAAUUAUCGUCCAGAAGAUAAACAUACGCACAACUGUUGUUGACCACUGUCGAAAUAUUUUUAUGUUGUAUGUUGUUCAUUAUAGCCAAUCAAAAUCUAUCCAUUGCAUAUUAAGUGUGAAUAUUGAAACACAGUGUUCAUUUGUUCAUUCAUUCAUUUGAUAGCCAGUGAUCAGUGAUCAUCUAUAAGCCGAUAUAUAUCUUUCUUAUUUGCUCAUCAGCUAUCACCACUUUAUUUGAUCUUAUAUUUCAUCAAUUAAAAAUCAAUCGAUUUUUAUCAUCAUGCAAAAGUUCAUUAUAAUAGCAGUGACCAUUGCUGUAAUGGUCAUUAAUGUUUCCGCUCAGAAAGGUCGAUCAUAUGUCAAUCCAGCUUUAAGUCCUGGACGUAAAGCUUUUGCAAAAAGUCCUACUCGACCAUUGGUUCCACCACCCAGAAUAAGUCAAACGCCAAUCGAUUCCAAUUCUCUUCUUUCAACUGCUCAACUACGACCAGCGGCACCAGCACCUGUUCCAGCACCAGUAAAAGCUAUUGGUGGCACUAAAUUACCACGACCAAAUGCUGCAGUUGCUGCACCAGUUCCAAGACGACCAAUUCCUUCUCGACCAAUAGUUCAAGCACCUGCACCUGCACCAGCUAUUAAAAUUCCAGUACGGCCUUCAACAUCCGCUGCCGUUGCUGCACCAGUCCGUGAUCGUGAUGAUGAUAAUCAGCACCCAGCACCUGAACCAUAUUCUUUUUCCUAUGCAGUGAAUGAUGAAGAAAGUGGUGCCCAAUUGACCCGAGAAGAACGACAAGAUGCUGGCGGUAACAUUGUUGGUUUCUAUCAUAUAAUGGACGCUGAAGGCCGCAGACGACGAGUGGAUUAUACGGCCGGACCGGACGGUUUCAAGGCAACAAUCAGUUCGAAUGAAGAAGGUCUUAUUAACCGUGAUUCUGCUGAUGCUGCUUUCAGUGUCGAAGAAGUACCGGAAGAACGUCAGAAUUCUGUUGCUGCUUCUGCACAAGCUGCUGCUCGCGGUCGACCACAAGCAUAGAUAUUUCAAGCCCAUCAACUGGAUCGUAUAGAUGAAUAUCUGGAUAUUCAACGAAUUGAAGAAGAUCACAAUACUUGAUAAAGUGAUAAAAAAAAAUCUACAAAAUUUUUUUAUUCAUUUCAAACAAAUCAUCAUCAUCAUAUAAUAUCCAUAAUGAUCAUCGUCAAAAUUAAUUAGCCAUUCAUAUUUGUGAAUCUGAAUAACAAAUUACCGUCGUCAUCAACAACAACAACAACGACAAAAACAACAACAACAACAAUGGUUACAAGGUUGAAUAAUUAU